UUGCUUCCUGUUUCAAGAACAAUUUAAAUCUUGCUGACAGACUUAUUAAGGUCAGGUGUUUAAUCUCUCACCGUGUCGGCUUAAACGCUAAUUAGCGAACGGGAUUGAACUCUGAGACGGCGGUAGAGGGUAAAGGAAGGAAGGUACGUAUGUAUGCCUUCUGUAGACAAAAGGAGCGUGGGCUGAAAGAUAAGAAAAGAAGCUGUGAUGAUGUGAAGUGUGUAGUUACAAGUUUUAUUCAGUUACUGCACACACAUAAGAAGAUAGUAAAAGAACCCAAAUGGCGUUACAGUGUGACCCAAGCACCAUGAAGAGGGAGCGGAUUAAAGUCUCAGGCUUUUUAUUUAUUUAUGUGAACAGGUUUAGUUUUCUUUCAUUCAGAUCAGUUCAUCUGUCAGAAGUAUACUCUGCAUACGAUGAAUCCUCGUAUCACAUGCAAGACAUGACGCAACGUGACGGUGUAGUGAUUUUCACAUCGUUUUCUUCAGUAAGUGCUUUAAUAGUGGAGCCAGAACCCGUCCCGGGAACGCCGGGCUUGAGACGGGAAUACGCCGCACAAUUCCCUACGACACUAAUCUAAACUCGGGGUCGAAUCGGCCGUCUCGUAGUCGAGAAGCGGCAACACCUCAAGCUGUGGCGUUUCAUGGACUUAAAAUGAAAUGAAUACAAUUUUGCGUAAACAAAUGGGGGACAUUAGCUUAAAUAAACAGUAGACCGGGCUGUAGACAAUUGUGUUUUAGGAAAUUAGGGCAGUGGUGGCUCAGGGGUUAAAGGCUCUGGGUUAAUGAUCAGAAGGUCAGGAGUUUAAUCCCCAGCACUGCCAAGCUACCACUGUUGGGCCCUUGGUCAAGGCCCUUAACCCUCAACUGCUCAGCUGUAUAAACGAGAUAAAUGUAAGUCGAUCUGGAUAAGGGCGUCUGCCAAAAAUGCCAGAAAUAAAAUAAGCUUUCCAGCCAUACAGUAUGCGUUUUAAUAUUGAAAGAUUUAUAAUGUCUGUUAAACUACUAAUUCAAAAAAUUUCAAAUAAAUGUACGCUUGGUGUAUGGAAUGGAUUUAAAUUCAAACUCAAAUUUAUAUUAAUAGUUUGAGAUGUCUCUACUACUUCUUUUUUUUUUUUUUUUUUAACAUUUUGUGGGAAAUAAAUCUGAAAACGGACAGUCGGAAAGAAAAAUCAUCAUUACUGGCAUUAAAGACCUUUUUAAUUCUUGUAUUUUAUACCUUUUUCUUUUUAAAAGCUAAAAAUCUCCAGCAUGUAUAAUAAUAACGACGAUAUAACAUGAACCUGGACGCAGCAGUACCAAAAACGUUGUGUUUUUGUUAAAUGACAACAAGUUACAGACAUUACAUUUUGUUCGAGUAAAGACGAUUACGCACACAGGUGGUUGUUUUUUGUUUUUUUUUUUCUUCACGUGUGUUUAUGACGGAGUUACAGAGAUCCCUCACGUCUCUGGUUCGAAGUGUCACGUUUGGCACCUUAUAAUGAAGCUCCAUCAGCUUAGCGCUCAAUCUGCCAGCACUCAGCCUCCUUCCUGAUCACAUUUACUCACUUUUUCUGCUAAUCUGCUCAAGUCUCCUUAAUCAGAGUAUAAAUACCAGCGUUUGGGCAGACGAAGUAGGGCAAACAAGCUGGAGAAAGAACGAGACGUUUUUUUGUAUCUGACACUCUGACGGUUUGAGACAUGUCGGGCCUACACGGAUUCGAGGGGGAGAACUACUACAUCCCCAUGAGUAACCGCACGGGGCUGGUACGCGACCCGUUCAUGUACGAGCAGUACUAUUUAGCAGAGCCGUGGCAGUUCAGACUGUUGGCCGUCUACAUGUUCUUUCUGAUCAUCUUCGGUUUCCCCAUCAACGCUCUGACACUGUUGGUCACGGCGCAGCACAAGAGACUCCGCCAGCCGCUUAACUACAUCCUGGUGAACCUGGCUUUAGCCGGCUUGAUCAUGGUCCUCUUCGGGUUCACCAUCACCAUCAGUUCAGCGGUCAACGGCUACUUUUAUUUCGGGUACACUGCCUGCGCCGUCGAAGGUUUUAUGGCAACUCUGGGAGGUGAGGUAGCGCUUUGGUCGUUAGUUGUACUGGCUAUUGAGAGAUAUGUUGUGGUCUGUAAGCCAAUGGGGAGCUUCAAAUUCUCAGCUACCCAUGCGAUCGGAGGAAUCGGUUUCACCUGGUUCAUGGCCAUGACCUGUGCCGGUCCUCCUCUCGUCGGUUGGUCCAGGUACAUUCCUGAAGGCCUGCAGUGUUCUUGUGGACCAGACUACUACACACUCAACCCCAAGUACAACAACGAGUCCUACGUUAUCUACAUGUUCGUCGUUCACUUCAUUCUCCCCGUCACCGUCAUCUUCUUUACCUACGGGCGGCUAGUGUGCACCGUCAAAGCGGCUGCAGCCGCUCAGCAGGAGUCGGCCUCCACUCAGAAGGCUGAGAAGGAAGUGACGCGUAUGGUCAUCCUGAUGGUGGUGGGCUUCCUGGUGGCGUGGGUUCCUUACGCCAGCGUCGCAGCCUGGAUCUUCUUCAACAAAGGAGCUGCCUUCAGUGCACAGUUCAUGGCCAUUCCUGCCUUCUUCUCCAAGAGCUCGGCUAUCUUCAACCCCAUCAUUUAUGUGCUGCUCAACAAACAGUUCCGUAACUGCAUGCUCACGACCCUGUUCUGCGGCAAGAACCCACUGGGGGAUGAGGAGAGCUCAUCGGUGUCCACCAGCAAGACAGAGGUGUCCAGCGUGUCCCCGGCGUAGACGCUCCUCUCGUCCUGGACGCGAGCUCGGUCGUCUCGAACGCUCGCUUGUGUUUGGCGAGGUCAUCUCCGAAAAACACACAUUCCUCAUGAUGUUUCCUCGGCUGUUUGGUGACACUUUUUUUUUUGCCGUUCAGGUCUUUGUCUUUACUUCCUGUGUAUAUAUUUUUAUAUCUACAAGGCAUAAAAAAAAAAGACGACAACAACAAAACAAAAAAAUAAAAAAGAUGGUGUGAAUGUAAUAAAUACUGCAUUUUGAAAAACCACACCGCGCUGCCCUGUGCAUGAUUUCACGUUCCCGAGCGAAAGUUCUUGAGCAAAGUCGACCACGUGUCGAGCGUUACUGCUGCGGUUUCAGAAUAAAAAACCUGAAUUUAAUAAACAUUAUAAUACGACGAGGCUGCGAUCGCCUGACAGCGAGGGAUUCAUACUUUCAAGGGUAAUUGAGUUAUACACUUUUUUCUUUUUUUUUUCAUUUUCCAUGGCUUUUCCUUUCUUUUCUUUCCUUUUUUUUUUGAUGUUACAGCUUGUUGAGCUUGACGUAUGACGUUUCAUCAAUAGGACAUUUCGGAGUGCGAUUGUUCCUCUCUUUCGUGAUGGACGGGUGAAUUAUUUGUUCAAUGUCAAAGCCAAACGGGCGCGGUCCUGCAACUCUGCACCUCCACCUCGUCGCACUCUGUGAAAAUAGAUGGCCGCUUUGGACUUCUGGUCAUUUGUGGUCAGUUUACUGUGAUGAUCGAAACCCCAGUGUGUGUUGAUACUCAUGACUCUAUACAGGAUUCAGGAAGUUAACUCUGUAAAUGCGUACAGGUACAUACCGCUUUAAUCCGGCGUCUCUGGCGUCACACUCGUGGCUAGGAAGUUUUCCAUGCGAAGGAUCCGAUCUUAUCCGAUCAAGGCCUUAUUCGCAGCCUCCCUUUCCACCAGGAACAUGUUUACGAUCUUGUAAGCUCGUUAUCAUAAAUGAGAUUAGCUCCUGAUGGAUAAGAGAGAUUACGACUAAGAGGCUGAAAUGGGAUUUAAGUAGGAGUUAGUGAUGAAGCGGAGUCAUCGUCACCGCCACCAUCCCGAAGCUGCUUUCUCCCAUAACAGCAAGUGUUCUUUCCUUCUUUCUUUCCUUCUGUCUUUCUUUCAUUCUUUCUGUCUUUCUGUCUGUCUCUUUUUUUCUUUCUUUCUUUCUGUAUGUCUUUAUUUCCAUCUGUCUCUAUUUCUCUUUAUUUAUUUAUUUUCACCUCUACUUUUUCUUUGUCUUUCUUUCUUUCUGUCUCUUUUUUCUUUCUUUCUUUCUUUGUCUCUUUUUUCUUUCUUUCUGUCUCUUUUUUCUUUCCUGCUUUCUGUCUCUUUUUUCUUUCUUUCUGUCUGUCUUUCUUUCAUUGUUUGUCUUUCUGUCUGUCUUUCUUUCUUUCUUUCAAUUUUUCUGUCUGUCUUUCUUUCUGUCUAUCUUUCUUUCAUUGUUUCUGUCUCUUUCUUUCUGUCUAUCUUUCUUUCAUUGUUUCUGUCUCUUUCUUUCUGUCUAUCUUUCUUUCAUUGUUUCUGUCUUUCUUUCUGUCUUUCUUUCAUUGUUUGUCUUUCUUUCUGUCUUUCAUUGUUUCUGUCUUUCUUUCUUUGUCUUUCUUUCAUUGUUUCUCUCUUUCUGUCUGUCUGUCUUUCUUUCUGUCUUUCUUUCAUUGUUUCUGUCUUUCUUUCUGUCUGUCUUUCUUUCAUUGUUUCUGUCUCUCUUUCUGUCUGUCUGUCUUUCUUUCUGUCUUUCUUUCAUUGUUUGUCUUUCUUUCUGUCUGUCUUUCUUUCAUUGUUUCUGUCUUUCUUUCUGUCUGUCUGUCCGUCUUUCUUUCAUUGUUCCUGUCUGUAUGUCUUUAUUUCCAUUUGUCUCUAUUUCUCUUUAUUUAUUUAUUUUCACCUACUUUUCUUUCUUUCUUGAUUUCUUUUUCUGUCUGCUGUUCUGUCUUUUCUUUCUUUCUUUCUUUCUGUCUCUCUGUUCCUUUCUUUCUUUAAAGGAAGUCGUAUUCGAACACUUCUGCUCAGACUAACAGCAGUGAUUAAACGUGUAGCACAUUUCAGGCAGGUCUGUUUCUAUUUUCUACCUUCUACACCCAGUGGAAUUCGUAUUCAAAAAACAAAGAAAAAAACCCAAAAACCCACAUGCCAAGAUGACUUUAACACCUCUCCAGUUUAGUUAUAUUCCGUUGCCUGGAGAGAACGCACCAGAAGAGGGAGUCGUGAAGCCACGUCACGUUGGGCUGAAUUCAGUCCGGCGUCUUACUGCUUCAGUUUAUUUAGUGCUCGGUAUACAGCUGUCUAUAUGUCCACGUAUUUCUCUUUAUUCUAGUUUUAUUCCUAAAAAAUAAUUCAUAAAUAUAUCUCUAAUAAUAUCUUGAUCACACUGAGUGUUCACAGCAGAGCGAAAAGGCACGGGAGGUUUUAUUAGAACUCAUAAUCCGCAGGAUUCUGCUAAACCUGUGGAGUUAACUUCAGCUUAACUGCACUUGUAUAAAAAAAAAUAAAAAAUCCCGUUCGAUUGGGAAAUUGAAUAGAAUACUAUAAAACCGUACUCUGAUCAGCGAAUUACGGUCACAGGUUCUAGAAACCGGAGCUUCUCAUGAAACCAGCACAGCGACGCCGUUUAGUCGUGAACGACUUGAACGAGUCCUCGUUUAUCAGUCGUUUAGCGAAGUUCGCGUGAAUGUUUUUGUGGAUGCUAAACUAAAAAUUCCUGCCAGAUUUACGAAAUGCCGCCUGAAU